CAAAAAGUGAAUAUAACAAACAAACAAAAAGUAAAAUCACGAAAAUAUACUCGUACCACGCCACACAAACAACAACAUGACUUACUGCCUUCCCCAUGCUACUCGUAGUUGUAGUCUGCAAUCAAACGCAAGGCAUUCAUGUUCGUUAUUUUAUUUAACGGUUUCGCUGCACUCCAACAUUCGCAAGUGGGUUUGCUUCGUUUAGUGCAAAGCCUUUGUGCUAUUGUUGUCGUUUCAUUCCAUUGUGGAGUGACGUCGUGUGCGACUUUCGGUCCUUUCAACGCUAGCGUAUAUAGUAAACAAAAAACGGCGAUUAGCAGUUAAUCGUUUCUUAAUCGAGCGUGAGUGCGUACGCACAAUUUCUGUUGUAGCGGCUGUUUCAUACAUAUUUACGAGUAUUUACUUAGCAGCAGUCGCGUAGUUAGAAAAUCCAAAGCACAACACAGCGGCGCGCAAUUUUUCCGUAUAAAAUUUUACCUGUCUGCAAGUGGCGAAGGACUGACAUUUGGUGCAUACAUACAAAUAAAGUAACUUUUAACGUAGCUUUUGCAUAAUGAAUAUCACAUCGCCGAAAUCUUCCUUUGCCAAAAUGGGAAUACACACCACAAAGCAUAAACAAGUCAAAGUGAUUGUGCUGGGACAGAACGGAGUUGGAAAAUCAGCUAUGGUUGUGCGAUUUAUAACACGUCGCUUCAUUGGCGAAUACGACCCCACCCUGGAACAGGUGUAUACACAUAACACCACAUUUGACAAUGAACUCAUACAGUUUGAUAUAUUGGACGCCGCUGACGACCCGGAUGUAAGUAAAAAUGAUAAGGAUCCCGAACGCUUGGAGUUUAACAUACGUUGGGCGGACGCAUUCAUACUGAUGUACUCAGUUACGGAUAAAUGUAGUUUUGAUGAGUGCAAUCGGCUGAAGUUUUUGAUCAACUAUAUUAAACGACGCCGUAAACUGGGCUCAAGUAGUAAGGAUUCUCUCUCCCAUGUGCCAGUAAUCUUAGUGGGCAACAAAACCGAUCAAACGGAGGAUCGAAUGGUAAGUCUUGAGGAAGGUCAACGCCGAUUUCGUGAACUAUCAUGUGCCUGCUUUCAUGAGAUCUCUGUGAGAGAGAGUAUAGAACAAGUUCAAUCAGUGUUUCGCGAUGUAUUUCGCUUUUGGCGCGUCUUCAGCAAGUUUCCCAAACUGAAACGUUCCACCAGUGAUGUACAAAACACAUCCACAUCAAUACAAAGCCCCGACUCAAGUUGCUCUUUCUAUGACUCGGCGGCGCUUACCAACGGAACACGCAGAUCCUUCUUCAUAAUUGGCAAUGCCUGCCUUAAGGAGAAUGAUCAUGCCGGAUCCACUGACGAACUCGGCUCGGACAGCUUACACAGCUCUCGCAUCGACAUCAAUACACCAUUCCGGAGUAGAGCCUCUACCGAUGGUACAUUAUUGUCGCGUCCGCGUCGCUGGCGUUACCCGCCCCCUGGUUGCUUGAUGACACACACCAAUCGGGUUGAGCGUCGCAUGAGCAUUUCGACACGCGGCAGCAAUGGCAGCUGUUGACCAUUGGUACUUAACGUUGAGGAGAACUCAACUCAAGAUGGUGGAUGAGCGGAGUGUAUUCGAGCGGCUUUUUAUAAAACUGCAACAAACUUUCAUUACUUAGUUGAUUUGAGAGUUGCUAAGCUUUGCUUGAUGUACAAAUAAAUUAUUGAAUAUUUUUCAUUGGAAGAAAAGUUCAAACGCUAAAUGGGUGCGUUGCACGCUUAUUGAUAGACACACACACACACAUAAGCAUAGUAUUUAUAUAUUCAUGAGGGCAAUUAUUUAUAAUUGCAGCUAUUUAUUACCAUUACACUAAGAUAUAAUACGAGUGCAUAUGUUUUUUACAUGUAUUUUUCUAUGUAUUGAUUGUAUGUAUUGGCUAAGUAUUUGGAGUACUGAAGGUUUCAUAUUGUAUGUAUCAAUGUGCAUAAAUAAAUGUAAGCAAAAAUA